GUGACGCAUUGGAGGAAGUCUCUGACGUACGUUGUGUCUGUCUGCGUUUCUCCCCGAAAGAGCGCUGAGGCGCAUAAUCAGGCCAUUAAUUUCACUGCAGGGACAGCGUUCAAGCGAGAUUCAGUGUGUAGGUGUGCCACAAUUUAAAUAAUUUCAGAAGCUGUACAGCCUGGAGACAAUCACAGACUUUACUCAAUGUCCUAUCCACGAUAACGUAGACAUUACACCUACGUCCGUGCCGCUCUGUUGUCAAACUGUUCUCUAGCGAUUCUCACGUCAGCGUAAAAUUCGUGGAGAAAAACUUGGCUACAGCAAAGGAUGAAUUCGAUACGACAGGUGCCAUCAAGGAUGAAGAGUAAAAUGUCGGAAACUAGUUUAGGAGAAGAAAGGGACCGUUUCGACAAACAGCAGCUCAGCAGCAUCAGUAAAGCCAUUAACUCCACUGAGACACCAGUAAAGGAGAAACAUGCCCGCAGGAUUAUCCUGGGAACUCACCGGGAAAAGGGGGCAUACACUUUCUGGUCUUACGCUAUUGGCCUGCCUUUGUCCAGUAACGCCAUUCUUAGCUGGAAGUUUUGCCAUGUUUUACAUAAAGUUCUACGUGAUGGCCACCCAAAUACACUACAAGACUGUAUGAGACAUUACAGUAACAUUGCAGAGACUGGAACACUAUGGGGAAACCUCAGAGACAAAUAUGGAUAUGGACAGCUUGUUUCUCUAUAUACCAAGCUCCUCUGCUCUAAAUUGGCAUUCCAUACCACACAUCCUGAAAUCCGAGCCAACCUGGAAGCCACAGAUGAAGUCCUGGAGCGCACAGCAGGAACAGACAUCAACAAUGUUUUCCAGCUCACCGUUGAGGUGUUUGAUUACAUGGAUACAGAGCUUCGUCUUGCUGAAUCAGUCCUGCGACAGCUAAAUACCUCCAUUGCCAUCUCAACCUUGACAGCAGGGCAGUGUAAACUAGCACCACUUAUUCAGGUCAUCCAGGACUGUAGUCACCUGUAUCACUACACUGUCAAGCUGCUAUUCAAGUUACAUGCAUGUUUACCGGCUGAUACACUCCAGGGCCAUCGUGAACGGUUCCAUGAUCAGUUUCACAGUCUCAAGACAUUUUUUAAUAAAGCAAGAGACAUGAUGUACUUCAAAAGGCUUAUCCAGAUUCCAAGGCUACCUGAUUCCCCUCCAAACUUCCUUCGGGCCUCUGCUCUAGCAGAGCAUGUGAAGCCCAUGGUUAUUAUCCCAGAUGAGGAGGAACCUGAGGAAGAUGAUGAGCCUGAACCACUAAUAGAUGUCAGUGAAGCUUCAGUCAGCAUGGCUUCCCAGCCACAGGUUGACAUAUUUGAUCAGACGUUUGGGCCCCCAAAUAAUGGCUUUGAUGACAGGGACCUCCAGAUUGACAGCUUGAAGCAUGAAAUUGAGCUACUUCGAGCUGAAAUUGAAAAGGUCAAAGCUGAGGCUCAGCGCUACAUCACUCAACUGAAAUCUCAGAUCAAUAGUCUAGAGGCAGAGCUGGAGGAGCAGAGGGUGCAAAAACAGCGUGCCCUUGUAGAGAAUGAGCAGCUACGUAUGGAACUGGGGGCUACUCAAAGAUCCAAUGCAGAACAUGAGACAAUUCAAGCUACGUUUUUGGAAGCUGAGAAGAGGGCUCAAGCUACAGAGCUGCGCUAUAACAAGCUAAAGGAGAAGCAUGCUGAGUUGGUAGCCAACCAUGCAGAACUACUUAGGAAGAGUGCAGACACAGUGAAGAUGUUGUCAGCCACUCAGCAGACCCAGGAGGAGGUGGCCAGAACUAAACAACAGUUAUCCUUUGAAGUGGAGAGGAUCAAACAGGAGUCUGACAUGAAGUUGGAGGAGCAAAAAUUUGAAAUGGAUAAAUUGAGAAGAGAGUUGGAAGAGAAGAUUGGAGAGAUACGACUAAUAAAAGGGAUGUUACAGACUUGUGAAAAAGGCAGUGAGCAGAUGAGCAACUCCAUAACUUCGAUGCAGGCAGAAAAGGAGCGCCUGAUGCGCUGUGUGAGUGAGAAGGAGGCUGAGCUAUCCUCUUUGAAGCAGGCAGCCCAGCUGAAGGAGUCCUCUCUCCAGCAAGAGAGGGAGAGAAGCAGCAAGGAGCUGGGACAACUCCAGGGAAAAUUGAAAGAAAAGCUCGGCCGUGAGGAGCAGUUGCAGCAGAAGUUGUUGGAUGAGCAGUUUGCCCUGUUGCAGGGUACAGUAACUGAGGCAGAAAUCAUCAUUCAGGAUGCUGUGGCCAAAGUGGAUGAUCCUUUGCAUAUCCGCUGCACCAGCUCCCCAGAUUACCUCAUUAGCCGUGCAGAAGCCGCACUGGGCUCAGUGACUAAAAUGCAAGCAGGCCACUCCCACUAUUUGAAGAAUAUGGAAGACGCUGGGCCUCUGCUGAGGGCUCUGACUCAGUUUUCUCAUCUUACUGCUGACACCAUUAUCAAUGGGAGCGCAACAGCGCACAUGGCACCUGCAGAUCUUGCUGAUCGAUUGAUGGAGAACUGCAGGGCAUGUGCCACUCAAUGCUUAAACUUUCUACAGGAGCUGAAGUCUAAAGUUUCCAUAAAGGGUGCUGAUCCAGCAUCUGUUCGUAUUGUGAUUCAGAAGGUCUUGCAAAUUGCACAGGACCUAAGGCCUAAAGGAGUUGAUGUCGGAAGGGAGGAGCUGGGAGAUAUGGUAGAUAAAGAAAUGGCUGCCACUUCUGCUGCUAUAGAGGAAGCUGUGAGGAGAAUAGAUGAGAUGAUGAAUCAGGCCAGAAGAGACACUGAAGGAGUCAAGCUGGAAGUGAAUGAGAGAAUACUGAAUAGCUGCACUGACCUCAUGAAGGCUAUCCGUCUGCUGGUGUUGGCAUCCACAGACCUGCAGAAGGAGAUUGUAGAAAGUGGAAGGGGUGCAGCAACAGUGAGGGAGUUUUAUGCAAGAAACUCUCGCUGGACUGAGGGUCUCAUAUCUGCUGCCAAGGCAGUAGGCUGGGGGGCAACACAAAUGGUUGAUUCUGCUGAUAAAGUGGUGUUACACACGGGCAAGUAUGAAGAGCUUAUUGUCUGUUCUCAUGAAAUCGCUGCCAGCACAGCACAACUUGUUGCAGCUUCCAAGGUAAAGGCAGACCGUGGCAGUAAAAAAUUGUUAAGUCUUCAGCAAGCAUCUCGCUAUGUGAAUGAGAUGGCUGCUAAUGUGGUAGCUUCCACCAAGACAGGCCAGGAACAGAUUGAGGAAAAAGACACUAUGGACUUUUCUGGAAUGUCUCUGAUCAAGUUGAGGAAAGAGGAAAUGGAAUCCCAGGUGAAGGUCCUGGAGUUGGAGAGCAUGCUUGAAAAUGAGCGCCUACGACUUGGAGAGCUACGUAAAAAGCACUAUGAGAUAGCAGGGGUUCCACUGGAACAGUUUGGCCAAGAUGACAGUGCCCUCUCUCCAACAUUCCCCUCCUCCCCCAAGCCCUCCAAACCUACAUUAAUGAAGAAACCAGCCCUUGCUCAGAAACCAAACAUUCCUACAAAAAACAUGUUCAGGUAAAUAUCCCAUGGAUGAAGUCAAUCAAAACUGGAUUUCAAAUUGCUGGACAACCUUCUGUAAAACAGGGUUUUUAAAACAUGUAUUCCUUUUCCCCUCUUCUCUCUAAUGCUUUUGUUUUAACAAAUUAAACAAGUUAAUUAUCUGUCUUUAUUAAGUGCUGAGAAAAUAUAUUUUUAAAUCUGAGUUACAUACUAGUGAUCCAUAUCUGGUCCUGUAGAUUUUCGGGAAUUAAAAGCAAUCAAAAACAGUCCUGUCUGAAAUUAAACCAUUCUGCUUAUAAGUCAAAGAUUUUAUAACAAGGCAAAAAUAUAUAUAUAGUGGAUGCAGGAGUAGCUGGCCUCUGGGCCUGUAAUAAAAAAAAAUCUGGUGUUACUGAAAAAUGCUUUUCAAUUUUGUUUAUUUUCCUUUGUUAAUUUUUUGUUGUUGUUGUAUGGUUUGUUUUAUUAUUAUUAUUUGGGGUUGGUGUUUGUAGGGUAGACAUCAUUUAUAACUUUGGUUGGUGUUUGUAGGUUAGACAUCAUUUAUAACUUUGUCUUAUUUAUAAUAUUUGAAUUGAAUCAACAUUAUUAGACUGAAAGUAAUAAACUUCAUUAAGUGACAGCUAACGUCUUUGUUAAACCUCUUGAAAACAUUAUUUAAAGCCCGUGUCAAAUCAUUUUCAUAAUUAUCCAUAGCUUCUUUCGUUAAUUUAGCAUUGACUGCAAAAUAAAGACCAUCAUUUUUUUUUUUUCCUUUUCCCCAGUUUUUCUUUUUUCAACUGUCCGAUUCAAGUUGGACAGGACUAUUUGGUACAAGUUGUGUCAGUGCUACCAAAUUACCAAUCAGAAUUUGCCAUCUGCUUCAGCACCCCCUUUACCCCGACAAAUGUUUUAACUGUGAAAAUAAUUGAGAAUUAGCUGACUGGUGUAAUCAUGGUCUACAUCUGGUCUACAUUAACACAUUUUUAUAAUACUCCUUAUUUGCACAUGAGUACUCUGAAAAGCCAAGGCAGUUUCUGACAAUGUUGUUCAUAUAAUAAAAGCUCACUAAGCAAUAAACAGAAAAAUAUGAUCUUUCCAGCAUAACCUAUGACCCUAACGGUAAAAAAGCCACUUGCCACCGUGUGAUAAAAGGAGGUUAAAUGAGAGGACAGGAAAUCUCAUUUUAAUCUAUUUUAUUAAACCAGGUGUGAUAUGCUUGCUUUUUCUGCAUAUUGCAGUGCCAUGCUCUGUUGAUGAGAGUAACUUUUCUGAAUUCAGAUAUAUUUAAUAAAUAGCUUUCUUGCCUUUUAUGAAACAAAAUCCCCAACAAAUGAUACAUUUUUGAAAUCCUCAAUUUUGACUACAUGUGAAUGAAAAAUUUAUCAUAUUCUAAAGAAGCAUGGCUUACCCUUUUGUCAAAACUGAAUAAAAACAUUUUUAAUUAUAUGAGGUAAUUUAAGAGACACAUUUUUGUGGUUUAGGCCUUUCCUUUUAUCCUCAAUGUCACAUUUGAAAAGUUUUUUAUUUGUAGCUAACUUAUUCAUGACAUUAGUAAAUCAGAUUUCAAUGUAAUUCUUUUUCAUUAUAAUUUAGUCUUUUCUAAAAUUGACUAUGAACAGAUUAAGUAAACAAAGCUAAGCAACAUUCUAUACUUUCCACUCUACCUUAUUCCCUUGCUUCUAAAGAUUCCCAAUAAAAGCAGCAUUUAGUGUGCCUAAAAUCACCCAACAUUAAUCAGUACAUGGUUGGGGUGUUUCAUGGAAUCAUUCGUGCAUCCAUUAUAUGCCUUCACUUUUCCUCACUCAACUUAUUUUAAGGUUGUCUCAAUUAACCUGAACACGGUUCAGGGUUCAAGGUUUAUUCUCAUUGUCAAGGACAAUGAAAUUGCAGAAAUGGUUUGGUAAUCUUGAAAAUGAUUAAAUUAUAACAAUGUGUACAUGAUUAGAACUAACUUUAUACUUAUUUUACACAUUUUAUGCAUAUAAAAUGUAUGCUUGAUAAAUAUGUGAAAUAAUUAGUGAUGAUUAAAAAACUAGCCAAUGCUUCAUGUCAUUUUUUCUAUCUCAAGCUUUUUGGGGUCAACAUCCUGUUUGAUGCUGAUCACACCCACUUAUAUGAUGUCACAUUAUUUAAGUCAUUUAUUACUAUCAAGCAGUUCCACUGUGAGUAGCAUAAGCUUUGACUUUCACUUAUCAGGCCAGAAAAAAAUUGCUGCUUAGAUUAACUGUCCCAGUUUAUCUGAUGUCCCAAUAAACCUUAAUUCUCUUUUUAUACAAAAUACACCUAGUCACCACACAGUGUUGACAAAAUUUUUUUUGACAUUUGAAAUCAUUUUGACAGGGGCUUUAAAUGAUAUAAAGGUUUUCAUUACUACGAUGAUGAAAGGAUAAAUGGGCUUGUCUAUAAAUCUGUCUGUUAUAACGCAAAAUUAUGUAAAGACAAUUACACUAAUAAAACGUGUUUUCCUAACCCUUUCUUUAUACAUUAGCUGUCUUCAAGUCUAAUUUGUUGAGAUAAAAGUUUGUUACAUUAUUACGUAACUUGCUCAGUAGAUUUCACUUGAAUGCAGAAAUGUAAAGUUCAGUAAAAAUCAGGAUGGUGUGUUUCAAUCUCACCUUUAAAAGAGAUGUGCAUAACGCUACUCAAUUAAAGAAAAGAUGGGAAUGUAGAUCCACUGCUGGAAGAACUGUUAGAUAUGCAAAAUGACCACUGCAAGGAGAAAUUUAAAUUAUUUAAGACCAGUAGAAAAGUGACAAAAACUAAAGCACAUUAUCCUCAAAAUGUUGCCUUAAGAUCUAACAUGAGUUAAUUUAUAUAUUUUAGAUAAAGCACAAGUAUCUAUUCUUUACUACAUUCUUCACUACAUAAGGCUUUAAUUUGUUUACCUUUAGUUCUACAGUUUUGCCCUUUUAUCUCAACUGAUUUUGGUUUAGGAUGGCUGGGUUUUGGUUAAAGAAAAUCACAGAUCUGUUCUGACUGGUGCUAAGGGCACAUUGCAAUAAGCUUUUUAAAAAUUAUUUUACAAAACAUGUUACAGAACAUUUUUUGUACUGUUUUUCAAGGUCAAUAUUAGAAUGUUACCUUGGUGGAGGAUGUACAGAGAUAAUACGUACAGAGUAAAGUGUGGAGCUCUUACCUAGGGUUUUUUGAUUCUUUGACACAGGUUCUUACAAAUAAAUGUAACUUUUUAUUUCUUUCUGUCUCUGUUUAUUUAGCAUUGUUGUAAUACCAAAUCUGUUAAUAUAUUUGAAUUAUUUCUGAUGGACUCCCAGUAAUUAAUAAAAAUGUUGAGUAAUAAAA